GAGCGGGCGGCCGGGGAGGGGCCGGCACCGCCACCGCAAAAUGAGCCUGCUGUCGGCCAUCGACACGAGCGCCGCCUCGGUGUACCAGCCGGCCCAGCUGCUCAACUGGGUCUACCUGUCGCUGCAGGACACGCACCAGGCGAGCGCCUUCGAUGCCUUCCGGCCCGAGCCGCCCGCCGGCGCCGCGCCCCCGGAGCUGGCCUUCGGCAAGGGCCGCCCGGAGCAGCUGGGCUCGCCCCUGCACUCCAGCUAUCUCAACAGCUUUUUCCAGCUGCAGCGCGGAGAGGCGCUGAGCAGCAGCGUGUACAAGAGCGCCUCACCCUACGGCUCCCUCAACAACAUCGCCGACGGCCUCAGCUCCCUCACCGAGCACUUCUCAGACCUGACCCUCAGCUCUGAGACCCGCAAGCCCAGCAAGCGGCCCCCGCCCAACUACCUGUGCCACCUAUGCUUCAACAAAGGACACUACAUCAAGGACUGCCCCCAGGCACGCCCCAAAGGCGAGGGUCUGACCCCGUACCAGGGCAAAAAGCGCUGCUUCGGCGAGUACAAGUGUCCCAAGUGCAAGAGGAAAUGGAUGAGCGGGAACUCCUGGGCCAACAUGGGGCAGGAGUGCAUCAAGUGCCACAUCAACGUGUACCCGCACAAGCAGAGACCCCUGGAGAAGCCCGAUGGCCUGGACGUGUCCGACCAGAGCAAGGAGCACCCACAGCACCUCUGUGAGAAGUGCAAGGUGCUCGGCUACUACUGCCGCCGAGUGCAAUGACCCGGCACCAGCCGCCACGCCACGGCCACCCUCCUGCCAGCCGGAGAAGACGCCACCUCCCCUGUGUUUCUCCAUGUUGCUGCGUGUCCCCACAUGCGUGGGGGUGUCCUCGCAAGCCUACGGGUCUGGGCAGGGGGGUCUUAGGUUCUUGUCUCAUGUGUGUUGACAAACAGUGUUACUGAUGUAGCUGUCCCCGCAGAGGGCCAGGUCUCUGGGACUCUCUACGGGUGGGCCUGGGUCUGUGUGGAGGGGACAGGGGCGAGCAGAGGUCGGUGCACAGGACCCCACAAAGCCCUCGUGUCCCCCGCAGGCUCUCCUCCUCUGAGACUUCCUUUGGGGUGAGCAGCCUUGUAUUGGCCACAAGUGCACUAAAUUUACUGUGAAUCCCAAAGCCUGCAGGGGACUGUCUCCCCAGGACCAGCCAGGCCGCCUUCUCCUACCAGAACCUUCCAGUUUGCCCUGUGUGCAAAGCCUCUCUCAGAAAGCCCCAUUUGUCUGUCCUAAGUCAGCAGUCAUGGCGAGCUGAUGCCUGUUCUAGCAGCUGCGGGGAAGUGGGCAUCUCUGUCCCCUGCCCACCUUGAGCCCCACACCUGAGCAUCUCUGAUGUCACUGGCAUUGCACCUGGGAGUUGCACGUCCCCUGCCCCUGUAGACCCAGAGAUGAGGGACAGGGAGGCACUGAAUGCUGGACAGUGUCCCAAGGUGUGACCUGGGGCACAUUAGGCAAUGCCUCCCCAACUCGCCACCACACGCGUUUCCCAGUUGCUUGGAUUUUGUCAGCCCCAUUCCCUUCUGUCCCCUUCCCUUCCCUCCCACGCUGGGAGCUGACCCCCUGAUUAAAGUUGUGGGGCCCAGCAGGGAAGCCAAUGUGUCAGGAAGAACACAGGCUUGCCGGUCUGGAGACCUAGGUUCAGAUGCUGGCCCUGCCGCUGACGCGCUCCGGAACCUCGGGAAGGACUUCUCAUCUCCAGGCCUCAGUUUCCCCACUAGUUAAGUGAGAGAGUGCCACUAGGGAGCAGAGAGAUCCGUUCCAGUUCUGACGUGCUGGGAUUCAGCCUGGCCGGGUGCCAGCUCCUGGAGCAGAAAGCCUCAUUUGGAGAGUUUCACCAGGUCCCCUGCUUCGCACCGUUGCGCAUCAGUCGGUCACUUAAGAGUUCAAGCUGAGGAUGCCAGUCCUCCCCUGAGGUCCCCUGUGGUCCCAGCCCUACCUGUUGUCCCCCACCUCUGCAAAAAUGAAGGAGAAGGAUCGCCCCUCUUGCUCACACAGGGCAAACCCAAGACAAGCUACAGAAGCCCUCAUUUGUAAAACGAGGAUAAUGAUUUCCUACCUCCCGAGGGAGCAAGGAGGCCUCCUGGCAUGUCACAUUGGUCAGGGAGACACCGUCCUGGCUAGCAGGAGGGAUCGCACUCCCCUCUCCCCUCUCUCCCCUAUGAGAAGCCCCAUUUUUAUUGUCAGAUCUUUCCUUUCUCCCAGGGAGAGAGAGAGAGCCGGCUGUCAGGACCGGGUCACUUAAUUUUGCCCCAACAUGCCUCUGUGGAGAAAAAAAAAAAUCAGACCACAAAAUGGGCCUGAAAUUCAGUGUUUACCACGUCUCAAGGACACCCAACUGGUGCCCAGUUGCCUUUUAUUUUCAAAUGAAAAUGCUUUGUACAACUGAGGAGUUAUGGUGAAGUGUUAGCUAGGGGUCCAGGGAGCGAGACGAAGAGAUGGAGUGAGUGGAUUUGCAGCCAGGGGGCUGCAGGGUAGAUUUCAGGGGGCCAUGCCCUCUGAGCACUUAAAAAAAGUGUAUUUGCUCCAGCCUGGGCCCUAUACCUGCCUCCCUCCUGCCCACAGGGGGCAGAAUGCCUGGCAACCUACUGUGAACACCCUCACCACCCACUGGGAAUGCCACUGAGGACUCCCUCCCAGCUGCUCCCUGCUUUCUCCACGGUGUCAAGGUGAGCUGGAGUCGCCCUGGCCUGAGGCUCUCUGUCCCCUAGGAGAAUCUGUUACUGUCAGUCAUCCUAGCGCACUGCUAAAGAUAAGGUUCGCAGUGGUGGGCAGUGCGCUUGUCUCUGCUGCAAGGACCAGGCCCCAACCCUUGCAGGGUCCUGGCCCCACAGGGAGACCCUGGUCCCAGGACGCCUGCGGCCUGCCAACUGUGCUGCAAUGGUGGGGGAAGCCCACACCCUAAAAAGAACCCAGGCUCCAGACUGCUGGAGGCCAGGGCCUUCUGCAGGCCAACAGGAGAUAGGAUAUCACCCCAAAAUGACCUUUCCAGUGGGCUUGUCCAGCUGGCAGCCAUUGCCCCUGCCAUCUGUGCAGAGCUGGCCACUGCAGGGGCUGGGCCCUCUGCACUGCCCCCUCCUGCACUGUUCCAGCUCAAUUUGGGAGCUCUCUGUGGUCAGCAAAAGCCACUGCUGUCCAGGCUGGGUGCUGUGAGAAUUGAGUGCUCAGAGGGCCUGGGAGCCCCAGGGACAAGAAAGUGUGUGGUUUUCGUAUGUUCAAAAGGGACAAUCGCUUGCAGUUAGUGGAUCUAGGGAUCUAGUUGGGAGAUAAUGAUGUUUACCCCAUAUGAAGUAUUCAAUAGUUCUACUUGUGAAUUUGUAUUUAUUUUGAGUUAUACUUGACACAGAAUUCCUUUUUUUAAAAAAGAAAAAUACUAUGUGUGUAUUUUGAAAAAAAAUCAUAGAUGUUAAAAUUUCUGCAUGGUUACCAAUUUUUCUCACAACACUGAAUUUGUUAUCUUCUCCCGAAAAAUCUUCACAUUGAUUUUUGUCUGUAUAUAUUUGAAGGCCUUUUUUUAAAAAAAGAAAAAGAAAAGAAAAAUAUAAUUGCCCAAUUUUUGAGAUUCAAAAAACAAACAGAGAGGCAUUUUCAAAACGUCAGAACUUUGAGGAGGGCAAUAGAAUAUCAAACGAAGAUUUCUGGAAGUAUUUUGCAAACCUUUUGGUUGAGCUGCAAGAAAAUAUUUAUGGUGAGAACUUUUCUCUUUUUCCUGUUGUUGGUUUUUUUUUUUUUUUUUUUGAUUUUUUACUAUGCUUUGGUCUGUAAAAAGUAUGCAACUGAACUACAAUAAGAAGGAAAUAUUGUCUACAUAGAAUAUUAUAUGAAGUUGGUACAUAAUUCUGAUGAGGAAAAAAAAUCUUUGCAAUUCUUUAAGCCAUAUUGUUAUUCUGUGUUGUUUUCCUUGGAUGAAAAUAUCAGUAUUAAGUAGCCAGCAUAUUAUUCAAGUGUUUAGACUUAUUAAUAUGUUCCUGUCCUGUAUUUAUACAUGUGUGUAUUUUGGGAAGUAUUGCCUUUUUUAAGGGAAACUAUUAUUAGAUUAGUGAAGAAGGGAAUGGUGACCCCUUCGAGCCUCUUCAGCUGAGGAUAACCAGCACAGCAUUGUAAUCCAUUCUCUCGCACCUUCUUAUUAUUAUCUUGUUAUUAUGGUUAUUAAUUUUGUAGGGGGCUGGGGAGUGGAGUGGGCCAGGGGAACAAGGGGCACGUGACUAACCAGCCCCUCCAUGCUCGGCCAGCUCCAAAGACGGCCUCCUUGGCCUGGUGGAGGGCCCCCGAUCAACAGGGCCCAAGGAGGGAAGAGGAAGCAGGAGGCAGACUUCUCCACGCCCCUCUUUGGAGCUCUGCCAUCUGAGCCAUGCCUCUGGGCCCCAUCCUCUUUGAACUUGGAUAUGUCAGCCAGAGACCUUACACCUGCCCUCUGACAUCUAAUAGACUUGAAUCCACUCUAAACAAGUAUUUAAUCCAACAUCACUACAUUGUAGCCCAGCGCAACAACUAACUCUGAAGUCGGGGAGGCAUUCCGGCCUUCAGGGAGGUGGCUGAGCCGUCCCCCGGGGGCUGGUGGCAGCAGGCUCACUGCUUUCUGUUGCCAACCCCUCCAUUCGACAUCCUCCACUCCCGUGUGGUGACCCCGUCCGGGUCUAUCUCUGUUAAUACAUGUGUGUCCAGCUAAAAAGACAAACAGAACCCGUGGGCCCCGCUCGGUGGGCGCGUGGAGAAGGCUCCCGAGCUCCCCGAAGGGCCGUCCUCGGGAUGGCAUUCCGUUGUGUGCCUUAUUCCUGGAGAAUCUGUAUACGGCUUGCCUAUAGAAAUAUAGCCUUUUCAUGCUGUAUUAAAAAAACUUUUAA